AUGAUCUCCAAACUCCCCAAAGAAAGAAUCCAAACCACGCCUCAGGUCUACCUACGAUGGGCAGUUCGAGAUGACAUUCCAGCCAUCAGCAGAAUCCUCCACCGCAAUUUCCUCGUGUUUGAAUUACAUGAUCACACAGCUCCGGAGAGAAGGGAGAGGCCGGAGGAAUUCUACGUGUUUACUCUCAACCGCGUCCGCAAAUUCUUCGUGCAACCCGGAUUCCGAUUCAUGGUAGCCGAACGACGAGAUCUAGGACUUUCCGAGCAGAAUCAGAAAUCCGAAAUCAUGGGAUUCGCAGGAUGGGAGACCCAAGGUCGUGAGAAUCCCCUCACAAAAGAAUGGUCGCAAUCAGACGGUGGCUGGCUCACACACAUUGAACGCCAGCUCAUCGAUAUUGAAAUCCUUCAUCAUCGAUAUUUCCAAAGCGACAUUUUUGACUACGGAGCUUUCAAAAAGAUUAUAGAUGUGUUGCAUGCAAGCUACGAAGAUCUAGAAUGCCUGCGAUCGAAUAUCCACUUGCAAUUCCUCUUCGUCGAUCCCGCGUGGCAAAAAGGACAUGGGGUUGGAAAUAAGCUACUUCAAUGGGGAUUGGAUGUAUCAGAUCAGCUCGGCGUGCCCGUUGUUCUUGAGGCGAGUUUGGCUGGACAUGGUUUCUACCUCAAAAAGGGAUUUACAUGCCAUGCAAAAGUCCUGAUCGAUAUCAAGCCGGAAAAAGCGUAUGAGACGCCUAUUAUGAUCUAUCAGCCUGGAGCGGGCUCUAGAAAGGCGAUUGGUCAAUGA